AUGCCACGUCCUAGUAAAGGAAGACAGCAAAUAAGCGUAUUGCCCAAAAAACAAGGUCGUUAUACAUCACAAAGAAUAAUGCAAGUAGAAAUGAUGGAUGAAGAAAUACCACAAAUGGAGGUAGUAGAAGGUGAAGUUAUGCGAGAGUCCCCUAUAAUGCAAAAAGAGAUUGCUGAAUUAAGUC